AUGCCGACCGGUCGCCUCAGCGAGUUGGAGGCGGCCAACAGUCUGAGCGGUCGGUCAGUGGUCGCCGAGCGCGAUCGGCGAGUCGAUUCGGAGGAGAAGUCGAGAGCGCUGGCGGCCACGAGUAGAGAUCGCAAGUCGCCUGGUCGUGAUCAUUACGAGUCGGUCGGGAAGAUGAGCACACGACUGUCAGAGCAGAUGAGGAAGAGGACAGAAGGCAGCAUGAACACGACUCCGGAGGCUGACGGUCUGGGCCGUCUAGCCGGAGCAGGAGCAGAAGAUGCGGUUGCGUUGAGAGGCAGAGAAGAGCCUGCAAAGCGAGACCGAUGGUUGGCGAAUCCGAGGGCCGAGAGGAGCAACCUGGAGCGCAUCCGACCGCAUCGACAGUCAGCGGCGAAGACGCUGGGUCGCGAAAGUUCCUUGGAAAUCGGUCCACGCGAGGAGGCCGCCGAAGUGACAGGACAGCUUGUCCGCCGAGAGGGCAUGGAUCUGUACGACCCGGUUACCGAGAGGCCAUACAUCCAGUGCACCAGCCGGUUGAUACAGAGAUGGAGGAAUAUGGAGGAUAGGUGA